AUGAAUAUCAUCAAUCAGCCAGCUAAUUACUUCACCAUGGUACUAAUCAUCAUCAUGAUGGCACGACCGGCGGUCCAGGAGGAGAGGAUUCAUGUGGCCAACAAGCUGAGCAGCAAGAUAUUGAUAGCGCAUUGCCACUCGAAAGACGACGAUCUCGGGGCCCGUGCCAUCCCCCUCGGCGAGGAGAUCAGCUGGAAGUUCGGGGCGACGGCGGGAACACUUUUCUGGUGCAACCUCGCGGUUGAAGAUAAGCGUCUCUCUUUCGUGUCGUACGAUUCGUGGGACGCGAGUAAGGACAGCGAGUAUUGGGAUGUGAGGGAGGAUGGGGUCCAUGGCACGCGAAUGGAUGGUGGUGGGGAAAUUUAUGUGGGUGGAUGGAGGCAAAUUUAUUGA